UGCAGCCUCCGCGAUGUCUGCCUAUCCCUCGGCAGGAAUGAGACCAGGAGCCAGAGCCGCAGCCCAAGCAGGAGGAGCCAGUCCCUUUGCUGAUGUGCAGGAGGAUAAGGAUCGGAUGUGCCGCCUCACCAUGAAGCUCCGCCCCAGGACACAAGAGCUGUGGCUUUGCCUAGGCAUGGUCAUGGGGUUUGCCAUAGGAUUUACCUUCAUCUACACCUUCAGGACAGAGCAGAGCACGUCAGCGACGGUGCGAAGACCCCACGACUAUCAUCCCCACUCAGUGGAGGACAAUGCGACUGCGGCCGAGCUGUACAACAAGGUGCGGAUCCUGUGCUGGGUCAUGACGGGCCCCAGCAACCUGGCGACCAAGGCCCGGCACGUCCAGGCCACGUGGACGCGGCACUGCAAUGUGGUGCUGUUCAUGAGCUCGGUGCGGGACGACGGCUUCCCCACCGUGGGGCUGGACGUCAAGGAAGGCCGGGACCAGCUGUACUGGAAAACCAUCCGGGCCUUCCAGUACGUCCACCGGCACCACCUGGAGCAGGCCGACUGGUUCCUCAAGGCGGACGACGACACCUUCGUGGUGCUGGACAACCUGCGCUGGCUGCUGGCCAACCACACGCCCGAGGAGCCCGUCUACUUCGGGAAGCGCUUCAAGCCCUUCGUCAAGCAGGGCUACAUGAGCGGCGGGGCCGGCUACGUCCUCAGCAAGGAGGCCCUGAGGCGCUUCGUGGAGGGCGUCAGGACCCAGGUGUGCACCCACACCAGCCCGGUGGAGGACCUGGCGCUGGGCCAGUGCAUGGAGAAGGUGGGGGUGCAGGCGGGGGACACCCGGGACACCAAGGGGCAGGAGACCUUCCACCCCUUCCCCCCAGAGAGGCACUUGAUGGAGAAUCUCCGGCGCGAUUACUAUUAUCCCACCUACUCCUUCUACCCCAUCCUGCUGGGUCCCCAGAGCUGCUCGGAUUUAUCCAUCUCCUUCCACUACAUCAGCCCGGAGGAGAUGUACAUGUUGGAAUACUUGAGCCGACACCUGCGCCCGUACGGCUACCGGCCCCGCUACCAGCCGGCUCUAACGGUCGGGAACCGCACGGAGCCCAGGGAGGGGUGACUGGCGGGGGCUCCG